UCACCUAAUCUUCACUACACUCAAUUGGCAUUUCAUUCUGUUGAAUAUUUUAGUGCCAAUUGAGUUGAGUGUAAGAAAAUGGCUUCUAGCUCCAUGACCCAUGCUUCAACAAGGUCUUGGUCAGCCAAGGAGAACAAAGCCUUUGAGAAGGCGCUGGCAGUGUUCGAUAAGGACACGCCAGACCGUUGGAUGAAAGUGGCCAGAGCCAUCGGGGGGCGAACCCCGGAGGAGGUCAAGAGACACUAUGAGAUCCUCGUGGAGGAUAUCAUGUGUAUCGAGAGUGGCAGGGUACCAUUUCCUAACUACAUUACCACCGGAGCUAACGGUGGCGUGAAUUAAGGGUGAUAGAUCCCAACUUAUGAAGAAAUAAAGAGAUGGUUUUCGAUCAUCGACUUGAAGUAUUAUUAUUAGUAUCUAGAUUCUAGCAUAUAUAGAGCCUUUUCUUCCUGAUGAGUGGACUGAAGUGGUCCAUCUACAAAACUUCUUAUAUUUCAUGCCAUAAAUUAUUGGGGACCAGUUUAAUUCCUUUCAAUAUAUGUAUACCUAUUUAUGAAAUGAAAGCUAGCUUUCAGAUC